UGCGUUACAUUUCUUAACGUGAAUGUUUUUAAAGUUGGACAGAAAUAGUCUUAUGUACUUUGAGACACCGGUAUAUUAAGCACCUAUCAGUCGCCAAGAGAUGAACACACACGCACUCUUUGUGGCUAUUUUGCUGGUUGGGGCAGUUCAGUCGCGAAGGGUGCCGCAAAAAACGUACGAGAUUUGGUACAAGCUGAUUAAACCCUACAACCCAAACUGCUUGGUGAAGGCGAACAUCUCCGCCUGGUACGCUAAGGAAAUUACGUUGCAGGGGUUUGUCCCCGAUCAAGAGAACGUUAAACGGUAUUUCGAUUGUCUCUACGUCUCCAUGAAUCUCUUCCGAGACGACGGCGAAAUCAUCAGGGAAAAGCUGAUAACAUUGGCUCCGUAUAUGACGGAGGCGUUAGUAGAUGAAUGCAUUCCCUUAACUAAAAGUGAGGUUUUGCGCGAGGAUAAGUCGCGUGCCUUGGCUAAUUGCCUCCUAAAUGCAUUCGUUGAGGAUUAAGUCCCAAAUAAUUCAAUAAAGAUUUACUUAAGUUAAGUAUUGUAACCUAAAGACGCGGUCCAAUACUCACGGUAGCAUAAGUUAUGCUGUAUGUGUCUACGCAAAAUAAACGCAACGCUUCAAUUCAAUAAAAUCAU